UGUGAUGUUGGUGUGUGUGUGUGUGAUGUUGGUGUGUGUGUGUGUGUGUGUGUGUGUGUUACAGGAGGACGACUGUCUGAAGCGUCUCUCUUCAUCGUCUGCAGACUCUGCUGCUGAGAAACACACUGUGAGGAGGAUCCAGACUACGACUUCCUCCACACUGACCUGUCCUCCUCUGAGACUCUCCCUCCUCUUCCUCACCCCUCCUCACUCCCCCCCGCGCUGCCAGAGAAGAGCGUCGCAGCACUGCAGGAACCAUGAACCCUCAGGCCCCUUCGUUUGGAUUUGACUCCGCCCCUCAGGAACAGAGCCCCGCCCCCUGUGAUGAUGUCACUGGUCCUGAUGCGUUGCUGUCCCCUAUGUCCCCCAGCAAGACGCCCCCUCCCCUCCCUGAGAAGAAGCGACACAUCCACGAGUACCUCCAGUUCUGUUCGUCCUACAGCGCUCAGUCAGCAGCCAGCUUCUACCAGCGACCUUUGACCUCCAGUCAGCGAUACAGUAACAGGCAGCGAGAGGUGGAGACUGCUUACCAGCUCACACACCUGGAAACACACCUGGAAACGCACCUGGACACAAACACUCAAGACUCCGCCCCCUCACCUGAGCUGCCUGCUCCAGUUCUACCACCAAAGAAGAGACUGCAGGAUCCAGCUGAGAGCGACGAUCAGAAUGAGGAGACGCAGCGCAGAGACAGUUCUCAGGGUCUCCAGCAGGAGGCGGAGCCCGGCAGGAGGAGCAGGGAGCAGCAGGAUGAGCAGCAGGAGCAGGAGGAGGUGUUACUGACCAACCACAAGGAGAUCCUCCACAGAAUCACAAUGAAACCUGAGGAGGAGGAGGGGCCGGAUGUGAAGGCAGCCUCACCUGACAUCCUAUUGGUCUACGCCACAGAGACGGACAAGAGCCCCGGUGAGUCCUCGCCUCCCCUUAGCUGUGGUAGAGAUUUGUUUUUCUUGUGUGAAAUUUUCACAGCAAAUAUUCACAUCUGCUUCAGAAUCAGAAAAAGAAGCAGAGCGUCUGUGGCUCACACAAAAACACACGUGGACCAGAUGAUUUCAGGAAGUGGAGUUCAGGACUAG